AUGAUCAUCCCCCUCUGGAAGUGGAAAGAGGAUCGAUGGAACUGUAGCAAUUACUGUGGCAUCACACUGCUCAGUAUACCAGGCAAGUCUGGAUUCACUCCUUGCAAGUCCACAGUAGACCAUAUCAUAGUGCUUCGAGUCACUGUGGAAUGUCGUCAUAAAUUCGGUCAUGAGCUGCUUGGAGCCUACAGCAAUCUCAAGAAGGCAUUUGACUCGGUGCAUCGAAAAUCGCAGUGGGAGAUCCUGAGACUUAGGAGCAUUCUGCUAUGGCUUAUUGGUUUUAUAACAAGCCUAUAUACUGGUAGUGAAAGUGCUGUAAAGCAUGGUGGGGGCUUGUGGAACUUCUUCCCUGUUAACUCAGGGGUGCGGCAAGUCUGUGUCCUUAUACCAACACUUUUCAACACUUGCAUGGACUGGAUAUUGGGCAGAGCUAAAGGCAGGGAAUCUAUUCAGUUGACAUAUGCUUGUGACGAGGACGUUGAAGUCUCAGAGAGCUUUACAUGCCUUGAUAGUGUAGUCCAUGUCUAUAGGCUGUCAGACCAAGAAGUCAGUAAACAGACUGCUGAUCCCUCACAGCCAAUCUCAAUGUGUUCCACAGUGAUCAUCAUCAAGCUCUCUUAA